AGAAGUCACCACUCCAAGGUGAGAUGCAGAAUCCCUGGAUGUGGAAUGAUAGCAGGCGACAUCAAGCGUCAUCUUAAAGUGCAUGUUGGUAAACAGAUCGAGGAGGAAGAUGUGCCGAGGGCUGCAGCGAUUAUGAAGGCAGGGAAGGCUACAAGGGGGCCAAGACAGGUGAGAGGGAAGAAGGAAGUGGAAACUCCGGGGAGAUUACGAAAAUGGUGCCCGGUAGACGGCUGCAACACAAUCACCAGCUAUCUUAGUCAGCAUCUGGUAAAGGCACACAGGUUAAAGAGCUCCCAUACCCAGUAUAGGGUCCAUCUCAAGGAGGCUGAAAGGUAUACUGGUAUCCAAGAGUUAGACUGCCUGCUCACUCUACCAUCCAAGGCACCGUCAUCCAAGCUGACAUCUCCGUCAUUCUUAACUGCUCAACCUAAUCCACGUGAACACAAAACCAACGAAGAUGAAGAAAUAGAAGAGACCCAAGGAAUAGAAGAGACCCAAGAAGAAGAAGAAGAAGAAGAAGAAGAAGAAGAAGAAGAAGAAGAAUGGCAUCCAGAGGGAGAGGUGGAGGAGAGUGACGAAGAUUCUGAAGAUGCUCCAACCAUAAAGAUCAGGAAGGAGGAAUAUUACUCAGCGACAAAAUUUACGAGUUACCGCCACCAAUGGCUCUCUGGUUUCUUUAAGUACCUGAAGAGCCCAUCAGCGGGCUACAAAAAGCUUGAGAAUAGACUCCAGCACGUGGGCCAGGUGGAGAAGCUCUUGGAAACGCUGGACCCCAACGGUAAGGACAUCACCAUCCUAGGGGAAGAAUUUGGAGAUAUCGUAUGGAACAAAUGGGUCAGCCCACACCUUUCUGAGGGAACGAAGGCACCAGGUACGUUGGCCUCCUAUUUGACCAGUCUGGAAAAGUUUUUCGUUUUCGUCACGUCCGACAAGUACCAAAGAAAGGAAAUGCCGCCGCUGCAUGGCAACGAUUUGGACGUGUUUAAGGGGACCAUCAACACCCUGAAAGGCUGGCGUGUAACUAUCGAUAACGAAACCCAGGAUGUUCAGCACCGGACCCAUCUCAGAGAGUGCGAUACUCUCUUGACGGAAACAGACAUCAACCUUCUCUCUCAAUCAAAACCCUACAUAGAUGGUAUGAAGGCCAUAACUCAGGCCAAGGCAGGAAAAAGGCUCUCCAUACAACAAUUUACAAAUGCUCGCGAUCUUCUUCUGGUAAAACUCGCGCUACUUGUGGCAUCUCGACCUGCCCCGCUAGAGAAUGCUCUUCUUGAAGACUACCAAAAAGCGCAGGAGAAGGACGGAAACAGGGUCAUGUUAAUCCCGAAGCAUAAACGAUCUAGAGAGGGACCAGCACCACUUGGCAUGGAUAAAGAGGUGCAAGAUCUCAUGGAGGUCUAUGUCAAUAAGAUCAGACCACACUUUGUUGCAAAAGAUGUCAAACACCUCUUCGUUAAGAGUGACGGCCAAUCAUUCAACAGAAAUACCAUUGGAAAAAGAUUCUCUGCUUUCUUCGAGAAAAGUGGCGUGAGGACCGACAGACGCGUAAGCCAGACUGCUGUAAGAAAGUUUGUAACAACGGCAGCGAGAAGGCAUGCCCCAGAGGAGAUGUCGAAUAUCCAGAGGGUCUUGUGCCAUAGCGAAAGGUCAUCUCGCAACAGUUAUCUUAGGUUGGACUUGACAGAGACGGCCUCACACGCCAUGAAUAUCAUAAAGAAAGUCACCUCCAGUGAAACAGAAACUAAAACAAAGAAAGAAACUCUUGCUGAAGAACUUCCCGAGAAACAAAUAAAGAAAGGUGGUGAGGAGAGUGACCAAAGUGCAGACGUUGAUCUUCCUGGGCCAAGCCAACUAGCGUCUGAAGAUGACGAAACCUCCACAAAUGUUAUCCCACCAACAGUCUCCCCUGGCAAGGUUUCAAGUCUGACAGAAAAACAGAAAGAAGCCAUUAGGGAAAUCUUUUCAUCUGCCAUUGAGAGAGGGAGAAACAACAAAUGAUGGCUGUGCGAAAUAAAAUGUCGACCACACUAAUCUUAAGGAAAAUGACUACUUCUAUCUCAAAGGUAAAACAGGUAACCAACUUCGUCAACUACCUAGUGAGCAAACGACCCUUUGAGGUGGAAGGUUUGCCAACCCAAGCAAUUGAAGUUGAAGAAUGGCUUGAUGACCAAUCAUCAUCACUAAAAUCUGAUCAACGGAUGCACUGGGAUCAACGAGAUACACAAGCGAUGGAAAGAGAGUUCCGUAGGUUUCGAAAAUGUCCACCUAAACAACAACUAAGGCAGAUGUUCACGGUGAAUGCACGCCUAGCUGCAAUCUGUAAAAAGGAGGGUUUCAGUCGGUGCUACGAGAAGGUAAAGAGCAUUAUGCGGAAGAAAAACAAGUAG